AUGACAAUAGUUCGGUUAACACCACCCCCAGUCUUACUGAAACCAUCCACAUCUAAUUUAAAAAAAAAUAUUAGUUCAAAUGGUUCUGAAAUAUUAGUUAAAAAGAUAUCGAAUGUUAUGCGCGAGAGUAUAGAUAUGCAAAGAAAUAAUGUUCAACAACAAUAUGGUGAUGAGCAUGGAACUGAGACUUUGUUUUGUUCCAUGCUAACAGUCAUGGACAAAAUAAAUGAUGAUUAUUUAAUUGAUGCCAGAACUGAGAUUGCGACUGUAAUUAAGAAAUACAUACCAAUCAUCUAUCACAUACUAUUUUUAUUGGCAGAAGCAUAUUCUCGUACAUCUACACCAACAAACGACAAUGAUAUUGCUCAAAUGUUAGAACACUUUGAUGGAAUGUGA